AUAUAUUUGCUACAAAUUGCCUGGAAGCUUAUACUUAACCGCAAGACGGUAGAUAGAGUGACCGAAGGAGACUUGGUAAUAGCUCCCAGUGAUUACUGGGGGACAUUGAAAGCUGAUGUUGAAGAAAUGCUGCAAACGAAAAAGAAGCGUCACCAGCGAGUUCUAUCUGAAGGCACGGCCGUUACUAUAUCAGUGAACGACCGGUCUCAGAGAAAUCUCGAAAAAUUUUAUAAUUCCACUAAUAUCAACUGGAAACCAGUUGAGAAACAGCUUCGUAAAUGGAGCAACUUGCUUCGUAUUGGCAGGAAGCUCACAAUCGACGUUGCCUUCAACUAUCGGGAGGACGAUGAUGGUCAUACCAUGCCUUCUUCAAGAAGAGUCGAAAAGAGAGGGCGUGUUUCAGCAACCAGCCGGAUGUUGGCUGAGUGUAAGGCACACAUUGAUGCGGAAGAAGAGACUACUAGACGACCUUCAACUUGGAGUCUUGUGUAUGACCGUACGCGAUGUGGUAUCCGCUCAUGCCCCUUAAACCUAGAAGGUCAUGAUGAUGUCCCCGGUGAUAUCCGUCGAGACCUAAUCCUGGAAAGCCAGACAGGAAGAAAGUCGACAAAGGCUGACGCGUCAACAACCGGACUACCGAGCCCCUCAACCAUUAUCAAUGUUCUACUAGCACAAAACGGGAGUGCGUCCACGGUUACUUCGUCCCUAUCCAGGCCUCCAUCUGACGAGCGUCUCGUAAUUUUUGGGCCUCGUGAAGUAGCUGUGAGAGAAUACUGCAAAUGGUUAGAAUCGUGCGCCACCGACGAGGCUUACAAAGCCGAUUUCCGGAGAAUUUGCCAGGUGGCUCUGGAAAAUCACCUAGAUCUUGAACUGAUCCUCGAGGACCCAGACCCUGGCUUCUUCGUUCAGCGAGGGAUCCGGAUUGGAACUGCUCGUCGCUUCCUACGUACCAUAAACGGAUGGGCCACUGCGACGAAAUUAAACACGCGACUUGACCAGACCGCUGACUAA